AUGAUGCCGGAGAUCCCAAGCAUCCUGCCAAAGCUUAAGAAAUGCGCUGAGCUUUCGAGAGAAAUAGAGUCUCAGGCAAACACACUGAGUUCUUUAAUGGAAAGACUCCAAUUAAGUGCUGUGGACGGAUUUAGACCUUACAUCAACCCAAAGAAAAACAUUAGUAGGCUCUUAACAUUUCUGGAUUCAUUUAUGUCGACAAAGGAGAUUAUAGAGGAGGAAAAGUCCAAGCUAGGCGAGGUUUUUGGGGAAUCCGAGAAAAGAUUCCUUCCAAGGGACUUGAAACUGCUCCAAGAAAAGAAGGCAAUAGAGUCAACACGGAGGCUUAUCGACAUGGGCGAGGUACUCAAGGAAUACAAGGGUGUUAAGAUUGUAGACACCGAGAUUGAUAUUCUAGAUGAUUUUGUCAAAAGAGCAAUCGACGGGAUUGAAGAAUCCUUCUUUGUUUCUUUGAAAAGAGUUCCUGAGUACAAGCCUGAGUUCCGAGUGUUUGCAACCUUUCUUCUUUCCAAUGGUAACGAAAGAAGAUUUAUCAGCAAGUAUACAGACACGGUCUAUUCUACAUUGGGGUUUGAUGACAUAGGAAUGAACACUGAACUUCUCAUCGAGAGAACUUCUCAUCUGGAUAAGUUUCUGCUGGAUGUAAUUGAAAUGAAUGACAAUGUGCUUGGAAAGGAAAAUUCCAAGAUUACAAACAUUGGACUGCUGAAGAUGUUUGUGAUUGGGCUCAAAAGAGCAAUUGCAGACAAUCUACUGAAAAUGGAGAAGGAAGAGGACAUUGCAAACAUCGGCCUUCUAAUAAUUCUGGACAGCCAACUCAAGUAUUCCGGGGACAAGAGAAUCCGAGUAGUAGAGGAACUUUUUGUGUUUAAAGACAGCAUACACAAGAUCAUGUGUAAUAGCAUUCUAAAAUACUUUGAAGACCUGGACAUGAUAAUGGAACCAAACAAGUACUGUAACACUGAGGAGCUAUGUAUGAAGAUGGAAAAAGCACUAGAAGCCUUCUACGACAACAAAGAUGUUUCAAAAGUAUUUGCAUCUGAGUAUGGAAAGGAUUUUGAACUGGAAACUGUCCAGGACAUUUUCGAAAAAUUCAGUACCAAGACCAUGGAGAAAAUCCUAUUUCUGGCAGAAACCCUAAGAGGGAUUCCGAAGUCUGUAUACGUUGUAAACAAUAUCUAUAUAUUCCGGAACUACCUGAAAAGUCUUGAGGGAAUCCCCAUAGAGAAGAUGAUCGAGAUAAACGUCGAAGAUAUCUUAAAUGUGUGGAAAAAGGAGAUAUCCAAGAGAACAGAAGAAGACAUCACCUUCUUUCUUGACAAAAACAUCGAAAAUCAGAGCAGGUAUCGCCUUCCUACAGAGCUUGGGGAAAAACUAGCUGCCGACAUCCAAAAUCUUGUCAAUGAUGCCUUAAAAGAUAAGAAAUACACAGGAAAUACAGAGAAACUGAAGGAAAGUAUCUCGAAGCUGUAUCAAGACUCCAAAUAA